CUCCCUCGAUCGCCUCUACUUGUGUAGGCGCUCUUAAACCAGAGCAUUUACGCACGGCACUCAGUCGUUAACGGGCAGCCUGAUAUCGGUGCUCCUCCGUCUAUACUAGCUGGCUAAUCUCCUCCUUAAAGAGCCGAGAUAAGGUAGAAGUGAGCAGAGCCGGAGAGAGGAGAAGACCGCGGGGGAGACGAAAGAGAAGAAUGAUGAAAGGGGGGAGGAGAGACGAUCAUUCCGGCUGCCCGCAUCUGCUGUUCUAGCGGAGGGUAGAUAGUAGAGAAAGAGGAGAUGGCACAACGCUUCAGCAUCCAAAACAAACGGGAGUGGUGCGCCACCGAGACCGGAGCCCCGGACCCACCCGAAGCAGCAUCCCACACCGCUCUCCCAUCACGCCUCUUCCCCGCACGGCAACGCCUCAGCCUCGAGGUUGGAUAAACCCUAAGGAUGCGAGUUGUUUUCAAUCAGCUCUGUAGUUACCAGCUGUGCCCUCACAUUCCCCAGGGUGGCACAACCUAGGCAUUAAUCAUCACUCCCUCUGUCUCUGCAUGUGAUUCCUCUGUGAGGACUGGAAGGAGAGUACCUCAACUGCAUUUCCUCAGUGAAGACCUUUCUUCCCCAACAUCCGGCACAGCUCCCUUCUCCACCUGCCAUGGUGACAUGACACACCCCUGAGUGGCUUUGCUCCUUUCUCGCACAGAUAGACACUCUCUUGGGAUUCUGAAACCCCUAAACUUGUGCAGACAGUCUCCAGCCUCCAUCAAACUAAAAAAGACAUCUCCUUGGACACACAACACCUCCCUGUUCGCGAUGACGGUGGCUGUGCGAUUCCGUCGCCACUUACGUAGGCUCCUGCUCCUGCUGGCCUCCUGCUGUCUCCUCUCCCUCCUUCUUUCUGCCUACUUUCUGUUUACAAACUCCUCCCCUUCCAUGCAACUUGGACAAUCCCCCGAACCCGCCUGCUCCCAGCCACUCUCCCCAUACCAUCAACUUCCAUACCCGUACCCCCCUAACCCCCCUCACACACUUGUCCACACUGACCAGGUUGUGCUGGUGCUGGUGGAGUCCCAGUACUCCCAGCUGGGUCAGGACAUUGUGGCUAUAUUGGAGUCAGCACACUUUCAGUUUCGCAUGGAAAUCGCCUCAGGGAAGGGCGACCUUCCGCCGCUGACAGAGAAAGGCCGCGGCCGAUAUUCACUCAUCAUUUAUGAAAAUCUAUUAAAGUAUGCACAUGCUGACACAUGGAACAGACAGCUGUUGCAUCAAUACUGUACUGAGUACAGAGUGGGCAUCAUAGGUUUCUACCGCUCCACUGAGAGCUCCCCACCUCUCCUCAAACUCCGAGGCCUCCCGCUGGUGCUUAGGACCAACCAGGCACUUUGGGACUGCUGUGUGGUGUCUAGCUCACCUCUCCUUCACCUGACUAAGCCCGGCACAGAUCGAGGGGCUUUACCUGGGGAGGACUGGACCUCCUUCUCCUCCAAUCACUCCUCCUACCAGGCCGUGCUGCAUGCACGGGCCAAGGAGGGAGCAGGGGCAGGUAGUGGUGAUAAUCCAGGGCCUGGCUUUAGUUUAGGCCUCCAAGCCACUGUGGUGCAGGACAUGGGACUCUAUGAUGGGGUGAGGAGGGUGCUAUUUGGCCAGGGACUUGGCUACUGGCUCCAUAGACUCAUCCUGGUGGAUGCCAUCUCCUACCUCACAGACAGGAAGCUUACUUUGGGUCUGGACCGGCACAUACUGGUGGAUAUUGACGACAUCUUUGUGGGCAAGGAAGGGACACGCAUGAACGCCAAGGAUGUGAAGGCUCUCCUUGAUUCUCAGAAACAGCUGCGUUCUCAGAUCUCCAACUUUACCUUCAACCUGGGCUUCUCUGGGAAGUUCUACCACACAGGAACGAUGGAGGAGGACGAGGGAGACGAUUUACUAUUGAAGUACGUGGAUGAGUUCUGGUGGUUCCCCCACAUGUGGAGCCACAUGCAGCCUCACCUCUUCCACAAUGAGUCCUCACUGCUGGAGCAGAUGGUCCUCAACAAGGAGUUCGCUCUGGAGCACAACAUCCCAGUGGACAUGGGCUACGCCGUGGCCCCUCACCACUCAGGCGUCUAUCCUGUUCACCUGCAGCUGUACAAGGCUUGGAGACAUGUGUGGAACAUCCAGGUCACCAGCACUGAAGAGUACCCCCACCUCAAACCUGCCCGCUACCGCAAGGGCUUCACCCACAACAACAUCAUGGUGCUGCCCCGCCAGACGUGUGGCUUGUUUACUCACACCAUCUACUAUAAGGAAUACCCUGGUGGACCUAAAGAACUGGACAAAAGCAUCAGUGGGGGAGAGCUGUUUCUCACUGUGCUUGUCAACCCAAUCAGUAUAUUUAUGACCCACCUGUCCAACUAUGGCAAUGAUCGACUGGGUCUUUACACAUUUGUCCACCUGGCCUCCUUCCUUCGCUCAUGGACAAACCUGAAACUCCACACACUCCCACCACUGCAGCUUGCGCACAAGUACUUUCAGCUUUUUCCCGAACAAAGGAACCCGCUCUGGCAGAACCCAUGCGAUGACAAACGACAUAAAGACAUCUGGUCUAAAGAGAAAACCUGUGACAGGUUACCCAGGUUCAUGGUCAUAGGCCCACAGAAAACAGGAACGACAGCACUUUAUCUCUUCCUACUCAUGCAUCCCUCCAUCUCCAGUAACUUCCCUAGUCAAAAGACUUAUGAGGAGGUCCAGUUCUUCAACACCAAUAACUACCACAAAGGAAUUGACUGGUACAUGGAGUUUUUCCCCUUGCCCUCAAAUAUAACCACGGACUUCCUGUUUGAGAAGAGCGCUAACUACUUCCCCUCAGAAGAGUCCCCGCGGCGAGCUGCUGCCCUGCUGCCCAAGGCCAAGAUCAUCACUCUGCUCAUCAACCCCUCUGACAGGGCCUACAGUUGGUAUCAGCAUCAAAGAGCUCACGAGGACCACGCAGCCCUGCGGUUUACCUUCUAUGAUGUCAUCAGUGCAAGACCGGGAGCACCGGCCGAGCUCCGCUCCCUGCAGAGCCGCUGUCUCAUUCCCGGUCUCUACUCCUCACACCUAGAGAGGUGGCUCACUUACUACCCUGCCAACCAGGUGAUGAUCAUAGAUGGCCAUCAGCUGAGAACUGACCCUGCAGCAGUGAUGGAUGAAGUCCAGAAGUUCCUAGGUGUCACUCCUCAUUUCAACUACUCGCAGGCCCUUACCGGUCUGACAGAUCCUCAACACUGGCGCCUAUUUAUUUAAUCCCCCGCUCCUCUCUUCCUCCUGGUCUGUCAGAGGAAAACUGAAGGAGAACCACUUAACUCUUUUUUCCUCUUUUAUUUACCCGCUGAUGCAUGCAGAUAAAAAACAAUAUUUGCAUCUUUCACUCACAUCCACAUUAGCCCUUGUCCUCUGUCUGUCAAAUAACAGUUAAAAAUAAUGUUUAUCUUUUUUUUUACCUCUUUUUUACUAUUCAACUGCUAAGGCAAGGUGCAUUAAUGUAUACAUGCAUGGAAAAUGACUAAGAAAUCUACAUUAUAUAUGCAGUAGAUAGACAUACAUGCCAAUAAACAGUACACGUGCAGGCAUACUGUAUACACAUGCACAUGCACACUUAAAUACGCAUAUAUAUGUACUGUACAUACAUACAUCUAUAUACAUGCAUAUGUAUUCAUGCACACAGGACAACAAUCACAUGAAUUUACUGAGGUAUUCAUAACAUGCUGCUGGGGUGCAAUAGUCUUUGCACACUGCUAAUAAGAGAGGCAGUUUGGCUUCAAAAGGGAUGCUCACAAAGCCAAUAUGGGAACAUUAUAGACACAUCAAAUUUAUAAAAAUAUUUACUAUAGUAUAGUAAUGAAUUAAAGUUCCAUCUCAAGCACUUAGGUACAUCCCCAAGUGAUUAUACAUUAUCUCUCUUAUUUUUAUCAUCUCUUUUUGGGAGCCAUGUUUUCUAAUGUCUGCUUUUUACAAUAGAGAAGUUGUGAUCACUGUCUUUACCUGAUCAUACACCUGUAAACUAUGACAGUCAGAUAAUCUUCCACUCUGGUUAUUUUUGUCUGGAGUGAGUUUUGAUUAGAAGUCAGCUCCCUUUUUAAAAAAUGUUAUUGCAUAGGGGCUUUUUGAAGAUAAACACUUUGGAGAAAAACAAGGAGGACAUACUGUAUCAUAUUUAAAAAUUUUAUAAAUUUAUUGUUAAUAAAACUAGAAAACAGUAUAUCAAUAUAAAAUCAAUGUAUAAAAAGUAAAAUAAUCACGGAAAUUAACCAAACAAUAAACUGUACUCAUGAUUAUUGUGAGAGAGGCGAAUAGAGACACAGAUAGCACGAUAGCAAAAGAGUAAGAGAGUAAGAGUGUGUUGAAUAGAUAGUGACGUUUACAUCCAGUCCAUAAGUAAAACAACAGACACUGCCAUAUAUUUAUACUGAACUCACUACUUAUUUACAUUUUUAUUAAGAUUUCUCUUCUGUCUCUCUUCUGUCUGUCUCUCUCUG